CGUCGAUGUACGCAAAUGGGUUACAAUCGUCUCGUGGCGGCCCUUCCUUUUCCGGAUCCCCACCCACGUCUCUCUCUCUCUCUCUCUGGAUCCCCUUCGUUCCUUCCCCAUCUCUCGCUCUCGCACAUCAGUGACGCUCGCUCGAAAGCUUUUCGCACGCCUCUGCAAGUUUCUGCUGUGGCCAUCUGUAUCUCCGCAAUGAGUUUAGCUUGUCUUGUGUGCCAUAGCAUGGAUAGUCCAUCACGAUCCUUUAGGAGUUACUCUGUCUCAAGUUCAGAAGAUGAGGGCCGAUGUGCUGCAGUUACCUGCUUAAUUCGGAAGGUCACCGUCGCCACUGGGACGGCUAAUGCCAUUUCAACAUCCAAAGUGACACCAUUCCCCUUGAUGGCAACAGGUCAAGGAAUGGCAGGAACUCCACGCCUCCUCCGAAGCCGAGCUGUGAGUAGGGACCUAGUUAGAGACUGGAAUUUUGAUCAACUUCAUGUGGAGGGCUAGAGGUGUAGAAGGGCUUAUCAGUAUUCCUUGAGAGGGAUAGAUUGUUAGUUUGGCCACUGUUGUAUAUUUCAUGUUGGACAUAUCUUAAGUCCUCUGCUACGUUGCUUUUCUUACACUGGUUUCUUGUUCUAUAUGAUGACUUGGUGCAGGUAUUAAUCAAAUAAUGUAUGCUAAUCUGUUCAACA